AUGACAUUUAUUAGCGCAGUACUUGGUUUAGAUUGGGAGUCUUCGGCUGAGGAGAGAUCAAUUCUAAAGCUAAUCAACAAAACACGCUUCAGUAACAAAAAGGAGUAUUAUGCUGAAUUCAUAGGGUACUUCAGACUGACAGACAUGCCUGAGAACAUGAAGCAGCUGACACGCAAACUGCACGACUUCCGUGAACUACAUCGUACCAUCAUUCAACAUUGA